UGCCUUCGCCACUCCUUUAUGGAAAGGAAGGGCUAGAAAUCCUGAAGCUUCUGCGAGGUUAAGGGGUUCGCCGGAGGAGGGACGUUUCCCCUUUCCUCCUUUGCCCUUCUUCCUUGGAGCUCUUGGGAUAUAAUUCAUUUCUUCUCCGGCUCUUAUCGUUCUGGCGAUGAAGACCGGCUCGCCCUCCGGCUACGGUACCAUUCCUACCGCCGGCUCCCCUCCGCCUUCGGAGGCGGCGCCGGCGUCCUCCUCCCCCGCUUCGCGCGCCACCUAUCUGAUCAACGGCUUCAAGGAGCAGGGUCAGGCCCUGAUCGCUGCCCGGCGGCCGUGGCAGGAGCUCCUCAACCCGGGGGCCUUCGCCCGCCCCCUCACCACCGCCGAAGCCACCGACCGGCUUCGCCGCAACCUCGCCUAUUUCCGCGCCAAUUACACCAUCGCCGUCCUCCUCGCCGUCUUCCUCAGCCUUAUCUGGCACCCGUCCUCCCUGAUCGCCUUCAUCGCCCUCUCCGCCGCCUGGCUUUUCCUCUACUUCUCCCAUAAUGGGCCCCUCGUUCUCUUCGGCCGCGCCAUCGACGAUGGCGCCGUCCUUAUUGCCCUCUCCGUGGUCACCGUCGUCGCCCUCAUCGUCACCGACGUCGCGUCGAACGUCCUCGCGUCCUUCAUGGUCGGGCUCGCUAUCAUCGGGAUCCACGCGGUCUUGAGGACCACGGACGAUCUGUUCCUCGACGAGCAGGCUGCCGCCAGUGGUGGAUUGCUCUCGGUGACCGGAACCCCGGUGCAGAAGGCCUACGUCAGGGUAGUGUGAUGCGAUUGAUUGCUUUUCUAGGGCUGGAAUUAGGGUUUUCUCGAUCCAUUCUUGAGGUAUUGGAGCGGGAUAGGAUGGGGUGGUUGUUUGUUUGAGAUCUCGGGUCAGCUACUUGUCGAUGGUUUGGAUUAAAUGAUUGUGCUUGGUCUGCAUUCUUCUGUUUAUGGAGUGCUCAUGGCUGAUUGAUAUGAUUUCUUGGCUUGAGGAGACCGAUGUUUUUGCUUACUCCUCCAUGAUUAUGAUUGCUACUUUCCAUUUGAUGUUAAUUAAAUGCUGUGGUGGGAUUGCUCGUAAUAUUAAAUAAAUACAGUUCUUGUGGUGGUAAGACCACACUAUGGAUGAAUAUGGAAUAUAAUUUCCUAUCCUGGCUA